AUGUCUUCUAACAGCAAACAAUCAUCCACCGAUCCACAGGCCACUGGCAGACAGUUCAACACGCCGCCAGUGGUCAACCCUUCACUUGCUCGCUCGUUUACCUCGAGCAACGUGACUGGUACCCCCACUCCCCAACAUUCCAGUACUGCCCAGGCUCAGUCAGAGCCUGCAGUGCGCACGCCGCUGCGUGAUUCUCGGCCUCCCUUAACCCCACCAACCCCAACUCCCACCCAUUUCACCUGCUUCGGCAGGCCCCAAGACCCCUCGACUUCCCGCUCUCGCCCGUUGCCUCAGCCCCCGCGUGUCGUCGACACCGGUCGUGAGCACCACCAGUACAACGCCGCCAACCCCCCGCCAAUCUACCACUUUUCUACACCUCGCUUCGGCGAGCAUUUUGGAACCCAACAUCUUUCUCCAGCCGGCAUUCCGGCCUUCCUGAACAACUCCACGUACCUCACCGGCACGUCCAUGGCCCCACUCCUUGUCCUAAGCUCUGUCGACGUACUGCCCCCUUUUUCCCCUCACCAAAGUGACGUUACGCACGUGAGCGCGGACGGCAUCGUCUACGACUCGUAUGGCCGCCCAUUCCAUGUCCAGCGGUCCACUCAGUACACUGUCACCCCGUACGCUCCUCACGACCAUGCGCAACACGACCUGCACCCGCCCGCCGUCGCCUCUUGGCCGCACCCCCCGCCUGGUCCAGUGCACGCGGGACCGACCGAACCCCAGGCGCCCUUCGUGUCACAACCAGUGUCCGCAACCGCGCCCGACCCCCCUUCCCCCAACGUGCCCACCCAUCAGCACCGCCUUUCCGUGCACACGCCUACGCCCUCGGUGCAGUAUGAGCACGUUGCUGUCGCCAACACCCCAUCACGACCUGUCACACCACCUACCCCUUCCCAUGUGACGGCACCCCCUUCUCGUGAUCCCAUUGACACACACUACGAGUCGGAGGAGCUUGCAGUCCACAAGGCAGACAGUACCUGCGUUCCGGCCGUGACGCCCAAUGUUAGCGCGACCGACGCCUCGUCAAGUACACCCCCCGCCGCCGCCGAGGACAGCGACGGAGGUUGGCGUGUCGACCACCCGCGAGACAGUGCGACCACAGUCAAGCCGAAGCCCCCUUUCACCGCCAAACAACUCAAAACCGCCAACCUAGGUGGCACAACACAACCCACGACAGCUGCCCCUGCGGCUGCCCCGCCCAACGAGACUCAAAAAGAGCGGUGUCAGACGAAGACAGUGUGCAAGUAUUACGAGCUGCCGCAAAAGCCACACUCUGCCCCGGGCCAGGCGGUUGUGUUCCACCCUCGAGUUGUCGCGUUCGAAAUGGGCGCCCGCGCCACAGAGCUCGCUUCAGGCCAACCGGUCCCCAUCGGCUGCAUCUAUGUCGUCCCCAGUGACCUUGCCCUUGAUCUCCCCGCCGACGACGUGGCCUCGGCCCUUUACGCACGCCAGACUGGCCUCAGCGUCGUCACCGGAUAUGGCUUGAACGAGUUCUUUGCCACCGGUGUCGUUCCAGACGAGAGCUCCCACCCCCUGUGCAAGCCGAUCGCGUUCGAACCUACUGAUUUCCCUCCUGUCCGUGUCGUCUCCGACAACAUGGGGGAAAUCCUCAACCGCACUGCUGCUGCCAUGCGCAGCGAGACAGCCGACUUCGCCUUCACGCGUCCCAGGCGACUGGGAAAAGUUUCACUCCGCAACGACAGAGCCCGGUACGUCGUUCUCCACCCAGAUGACUACUGGAACGACCUCCCUGUCGACGCCCGCGACGAGCUCUGGGAAGGCGACGACUUCGCGCCGCAUACCUUGUACACCUUCUCCUCGACCGCCAUCUCCGACAUGCAGCAAUCACUCGCCCAGGACAAGCCCGUUCAAUUCGUGCGCCAUCACUGGUUCAUACAGUGUUUGGACAAAGGCCGCUUCUCUGAGCCGCUGCCCCAUGACAUCAUCCCCCGCCAGGAAGUCUUUGAGCUCGUGGGCAGCGUCAAACAGUCGGACCCACUCAGCUUCUUGACUCGGUGGUCCGUCAGAGACCUCACGUUCCGAUGGAUCCUGGACACCUCCUCUGCCGAACCGACCUACCCGCGCUUGCAAGAAGAGAUGUCUUUGCUCACCAAUGUGCCUGCAGGGCCCAUCCACAGCGUGGAAGAGUUUAUCAAGACCUUUGUCCCUCUGUUCUUCGCCGAGUUCUUUCACUCCCUGCGCGCGGCGGCGGACGCGGCCAUUGACCCCUUCAAGCAGCCACCAGAUCGGGCACCACCGUUCGUGACAGCUACCUUACAAAAGGUGGAAGGUGAUUGUGAUGGCGUGUGCUGUGUCUUCCUCAAAAUCAACUGGCUGGUACCCGACGUGGACAGGCCCAAAGAUGACGACUGGACAACGAUCAAUCGCGAGGCUGGCUCUGUUCUCCUCCUCCAUCGUCCUUCAGGCAAAUUUGUGCCUGUCAUCGUCAUCCGCUGGAGCGACAACGCCCUGCGGGUCCACUGCCUGGUCGACGACGUACCAGAACUCCAGGAAGCCCCAGAGUUUUAUCUCAUCCAGCUUACGGCUAUUAACGUUGUUGCCACCGCCAUCAUGGGCAUCGAACACUAUGACCAACGUCUCGUUCAAGAGGCCUUGACGGGCCGUCGUGUCUCCGAGGACCAGCAGCCUCCUGUAGACCCUGUCCUCGUCAAGCAAAUCGCCGACAACUGGCAGCUCAAUCAGUCUCAGGCCGCUGCUGUGGCCACCGCCGUUUCAACACUGGACCGUGUGAUGCUCAUCAAGGGUCCCCCGGGAACAGGCAAGACGCACACUGCCGCCGCGAUUGUCAGUCUCGUUUUGUCCCACACCCCUCAUCGUCGGGUCCUCGUCCUUGCCCCGUCCAACUCCUCCGUCGACCAGGCCGCCGCCCGCCUUCGCGAGCUCAAGCUGCUCGAUGGAUCGUCCUUCGCCCCCUCUCUCGUGCGAGUUGGCCGCCAACAGGCCAUUUCGCAAUAUAUGAGCUCGCACUCUCUGGACACCUUGGUCGAAAUCCGUUUCGGAGAGACGGUCGACAGACAGCGUCGGAAGGUCCUGACGGAGAGCGAUAUCAUUUGCACAACUCUCGCUGGAGCGGAUAUCCUCCGUCAAUACCGCCUGGCGUUCGACUAUAUCUUCGUUGAGGAAGCCGCCCAGUGCACGGAGGUGGAUAUGCUCACCGCCUACGCUCUGGCCGACGCAAGGACCCGCCUCAUCCUUAUCGGAGAUCUGUCACAGUUGUCCGCCCUCGUCCAUGGGCCCGCCCGUCACUUCAACUUCGAACAAUCAUUGUUCGAGCGCCUCUCCCGAUGUUACACCAAGACCGUGUACCUGCUAAACGAGCAGUACAGGAUGUGUCGUAGAAUUGCUGAGUUCUUGUCGAGUACUUUUUACGACAACAGCCUCCUGUCCCACCCGUCUGUCGACAAGAUGGGUAAGCUUUGGGGUGGCGAUUCGGGCAUCAUGUGGUACGACGUCACGGGCAUGGACUACCGGACGGCUUCACAGUCCCGAACACGCUUCGUCGAGGUUCCCGUCGUCCUCUCAGUCCUCAACCAGCUACAGCAAGCUUUCCAGAGGAACGGCAGCAGCCACACGCCCCCUUCCGUCGGUGUCAUCGCCAGCUACGCUGCACAGAGGCACAAGCUCCAGGAAGCAUUCGACUCUGCGAUCGAGGCAGAUCCUGCCCGCUGGUGUCCCGAUACCGUCGACGGCUUCCAGGGGCGCGAGAAAGACAUCGUCAGCGUCUCCGUCGGUCGGAGCUCAGGCAAGACGAUCGGCUUCCUCGACAACACCCGCCGCCUGGUCGUUGCCCUCUCGCGCGCCCGGCACCUGGUCAUCCUGGUUGGUGACGCAGACUACAUGGUCAAAUUCUCGAAGCCUGCUAGCGAUGGUACCAACCCAUGGGUCAGUCUCAUAGACCACACCCGCCGCACUGGCAUGUUCCGCAAAGCGUAG